GAUCCGUAGUUAGUAUCUGACAGCCACUUGAGUUGGUGACAUCUCGAGGCUAUAUUUCGAAAUUUUGCACUUGCGCAGACAUGCCCGUCAUUUAGCAUCUUCGGUAAUACAGGUGCUAUAACUUAAUGUCUGUGUGGGCGGAGUUUAGUGACGUAAGCACGAAUGUUCCUUUACUACGGCUACUUCAGAAAAUCCGCGGUGGAGAGGAUUUUACAAAGACGUCUACAAAACAACCUGGACGAGCAAGAUCUAGCGACAGGACCUUAUUAUCACACGUGUGUCUGGAAGAGGAAACAAGAAAGUGAGGCAUUGCUGAAAGUGCAGGCAGUCUCACAUAGACAUCACCACAGCACAGGACCCCUUCGGUGUUUCCGACAGCCAAGAGCAGGACAAAGGCGCCAAAGAAGACUAGCAUUCAGCAUUUGAUAUCACUAUGGUAGCAAAAGCAAAAUGUGGCUAUGGGAUCCACAACCAAAAUGUGUCACUUGCUGCAAAUAGCACUGAAGUUGAACUCGAUUCAGGGGACAACCUGCCCACAAAGCCUCCAAAAAAGAUGGAGCUCAGGCGAGAACUGGGCCUGUUCAGUGCUGUCAAUCUUAUUGUUGGUGUGAUGAUAGGUUCUGGUAUCUUUGUGUCUCCUGCAAGUGCUCUCGAGAGAUCUGGAUCUGUGGGUCUGUGUCUCAUCAUCUGGGCUGUAUGUGGCAGUAUAUCCUUACUGGGAGCAUUAGCAUUUGCAGAACUUGGAACUGUUGUUCCCAGGUCUGGAGCAGAGUACGCAUAUUUCCAGGAGGCUUAUGGAGGGCUACACAGGUUCUGGGGUCCACUACCAAGUUUCAUAUGUGCCUGGGUUUAUGUUGUCAUACUCAGGCCAGCCGAAGUUGCUGUCAUAAUACUGACAUUCUCAGAGUAUGUCUGCCAACCAUUUGCCUACCACAUGAGACACAUGCCUGCAGAGUCUCAAGAAAUAGUUAAGAAGAUCAUUGCCCUCCUUGGACUAGGUCUGUUGACAUACAUAAACUUCAUCAGCGUGAAAUUGUACAUCCACAUACAGAACAUAUUUGGAUCUUGCAAGUUAUUUGCCUGCCUUGUUGUCAUUUUCGGAGGUCUUUAUGAAUUGUGCAUUGGAAACACAGAGAAUCUCACAAAAGGUUUUGAGGGCUCAACUACUUCUCCCACAAACUUGGCUCUUGCAUUCUACAGUGGUCUAUGGGCUUUUGAUGGUUGGUCCACUGUCACGUCUGUUACAGAAGAAGUGAAGAGACCAGAAGUCAAUAUUCCACGAAGUAUCAUUAUCGCGGUUCCUCUAGUGACUACUGUAUACUUCAUGAUGAAUGUAGCUUACAUGACAGUCCUCACUAUUCCAGAAAUGAUUGCAGCACCUGCAGUGGCUGUGGUCUUUGGUGAUAGAAUACUGGGAGUAAUGAAUUUUAUCAUUCCCCUUGGUGUAGCACUGUCUACAUUUGGAUGUGCUUUAAGCAUUCAAUUUAGUGUCACAAGACUAUGCUAUGUGGCUGGGAGGGAAGGCCAUAUGGUGGAAGUAUUCUCUUACAUCCAUAUGAAACGUCUCACUCCUGCUCCUGCUGUGGUAACACAGGGUCUGUUGGCAUUCUUCUUCAUCAUUGUUGGUGAUAUUACUUCACUUAUUGACUUUGCCAGCUUCCUCAUUUGGAUUUUCUAUGGGGCAGCAAUGGUAGCACUCAUACUCAUGAGGAAAACAAAGAAAGAUAUUAAGCGACCUUAUAAGGUUCCAUUAUGGAUUCCAGUAUUCAUCAUCUUCAUUGCACUCUUCUUAUGUUUUGUGCCUAUUAUCACAGACCCAUCUCCAAGAUACUUCUUUGCUUUACUAUUCAUUGGAAUUGGAAUGGCAAUUUACGCCCCUCUAGUUUAUUAUAGACACCGACCUCAGUGUAUGGAUAAAUUUACCUAUUUUAUACAAGUCCUCAUGGAGGUAGUUCCUAGCGAGCAAAGUAUGGACUAAUAUUUUAAUAAUUACAGUUCGUUAUCAAGACUGACAGUUCAUAAUUAUGUAACUGAGUGAUCUUCUACAAAACUCAGAAAUUCUGUGUGUACAAAUGUAUGAAUGAGUUUACAUUUUUCAUGUAAACAAAACAUAACAUGUAAAUGAAAGAAUGCACAUGGAGGCAGUUUGGGUCGAAUUUGAGCAAUAAAAUAUAUUUAAACCACUUCUAA